AUCUGCGUUGACAUAAUUGAUAACUUUAAUUCAAUAGAUAACAAAUCCUGUUUACAUAAUUUCAUAACCUACAAAUAGAAAAUAAUUAUGAUUUGUUUUGAUAGUUGAAGUUAUUAUUUCCUAAAUAACGAAUAUAUAAUGGAUUGCCAAAGGAUUUGUAUGGUCUCUGACUUUUUCUUUCCGAAUAUGGGAGGAGUAGAGGAACAUAUUUACAAUUUAUCCCAAUGUUUGCUACAGAAAGGGCACAAAGUAGUUAUUUUAACCCAUAGUUAUGAGGAUCGUGUUGGCGUUAGAUAUAUGACCAAUUUUCUUAAAGUUUACUAUUUGCCAAUAAGAGUAUUUUAUAAUCAAUGCAUAUUGCCAACCAUGAUCGCUAACAUUCCUCUAAUCAGAUACAUCUUUAUAAGAGAAAGAAUUACGAUUAUCCAUGGACACUCGGCUUUUUCAGCUCUAGCACAUGAAGCUAUGCUUGUUGGCAAUCUUAUGGGACUGAAGGCAGUAUUCACUGAUCAUAGUUUAUUCGGAUUUGCUGAUGCUAGUGCUGCUAGUACCAAUAAAUUAUUGGAAUUAUCCUUGGUUGCAUGUAAUCAUUGUAUUUGCGUAUCUCAUACAGGGAAAGAAAAUACUGUGUUACGUGCUCGAGUUGAUAGAAAAAGAGUAUCUGUAAUCCCCAAUGCUGUUGAUACAUAUUAUUUCACUCCUGAUCCUAGUCAAAGAUCAACAAAUCAUGUUACAAUUGUUGUGGUGUCAAGAUUGGUAUAUAGAAAAGGAGUUGAUUUAACUGCCCAAAUUAUACCAGAGAUGUGCAAUAAAUUUGAAGAUGUUAAUUUCUUGAUUGCGGGAGAUGGACCAAAAAGAUGGUUGUUAGAAGAGAUAAGAGAGAGAAAAGGUCUCCAAGAUCGAGUUACUCUAUUAGGAGGUUUGGAGCAUUCUCAAGUUAGAAAUGUCCUAGUGAAAGGACACAUAUUUUUGAAUACCUCUUUAACAGAAGCUUAUUGUAUGGCAAUUGUUGAAGCUGCAUCUUGUGGUCUGAAAGUUGUGUCAACAAAAGUGGGAGGAAUACCAGAGGUCUUACCUUCAGAUUUGAUAUAUUUAGCAGAACCAACAGUCAGUUCCAUAGUAAGAGAAUUGUGUAGUGCAAUAAGAGAUUUGAAAUUAGGCAAAACAAUCUGUCCCUAUGAAUGUAACAAGAGGAUCAGAAGUUAUUAUAAUUGGGAAAAUGUAUCAUCAAGAACAGAAGUUGUUUAUGGAACAAUUUCACAAGAAUCUAAACAACACUUGGGUAAAAAACUGAGAAGCUAUCUCUCAAGUGGAGUGUGGCCUUUCUUAUUGGUGGUGAGUUUAUGUUACUUGAUAAUACAGUUCUUAGAAGUUCUAGUGCCCAGAACCAACAUAGAUUAUGCAAGGGAUAUUAAAUUAAAAGAGAAGAAAAUUAAAAAGUUUCUUGAAAAUGAAAACACCAAAUAAUAUUAAUUUUACACAAAUGAAGUUUUAUAGUUUUAUGUUGUUAUUUUAUGUCUCGACUUUGAAAAAAUCAGAAGGAGUAUAAAUUAUUUUUGGUACUGUCAAUUUCUAGUCUUUUGCUAAUGUAUUAUGCUGGCAAUAAAUUUCUCAUAUAA